UCUGUCUGCGCCUGGCGUCGGGGGAGAGAAACCAUGGCGUCCAACGAAGAGGACGGCAGCGCCGGCAACGGGUCGAUGGAAGAGAAGGAGAAUGGCAAAAAGAUGCUUCGGCCUCGCAGCGCCGUGACCACAGCCUGGCUGAUCUUCUACAACAUCACCAUGACGGCCGGGUGGCUUGUACUGGCUAUUGCCAUGGCCCGGUUCUAUAUGGACAAAGGAACAUACAAAGGCUUAUAUAAAAGCAUUCAAAAGACACUUAAAUUUUUCCAGACUUUUGCUUUGCUUGAGAUAAUCCACUGUGCGGUUGGAGUAGUGCACACUUCUAUGCUUGUGACGGGGGUCCAAGUGAGUUCCAGAAUCUUCAUGGUGUGGUUUGUUACACAUAGUAUAAAGCAGAUCCAGAAUGAGGAGAGUGUUAUUCUUUUUCUGGUUAUAUGGACUGUGACUGAGAUUACUCGAUAUUCCUUCUACACAUUCAAUAUGCUCAACCAUUUGCCAUACUUCAUAAAAUGGGCCAGGUACAAUUUUUUCAUCAUCUUAUAUCCAGUAGGAGUUGUUGGUGAACUUCUAACGAUUUAUGCAGCAUUACCCUAUGUGAAGAGAUCAGGCAUGUUUUCUGUGAGGCUUCCAAACAAAUAUAAUGUGUCUUUUGACUACUACUAUUUUCUGCUCAUCAUCAUGGCCUCAUAUAUACCAUUGUUUCCACAAUUGUAUUUUCACAUGCUACGUCAAAGAAGAAAAGUGCUUCAUGGUGAAGUGAUUGUAGAAAAGGACGAUUAAAACAAACUUUGUAAUCAUGGUGCUUUUUCAGAGUAACAAUCAAAUCUUUCAUGUUACCAAGUCCAACUUGGAAAUUAUGGGACAAAAUAAAAUCAAUAUAGAUCAUGAUAUUUUGUAACAUAUGCGCUUCCAAGGGCCUAUAUGAAAUUUUAGUCUUAUUUUUCAAGCUGUUUAACAUGCUUUUGGUCACAUAUCUCAGCAGAAGUUGAAUAAGAUGAAAUUCCCAUUCAUCAUUUUAAAUCAUACUUGAUUACUGAAUUGAGAUUAUUGCACCUAGCCUAUUUGGCUAAGCUUACUUAGGAAAUGCAAGUCGUGAUUGUGCUCACAAAAUCUUUUUACCUGUCCUUGAAGGUAAAGGCAGCUUUGAGUCAAGGUCAACUAAUAGUGACAACCUGGAACAAAACUAUGUAGUUUUCUUGGCAAUACUAUGGAAACAGCUUGGCACUGGCUUUCUCAGGAUGUUUUUAUCUCCCAAGGCUGGGCUACAACCUUGCUGUUUUCCUUGGUGAUUGUACACCCACAUGCUAACAAGGCAUAAGCUUACUUAGCUUUUGUGACAGCCUCUUUCUGUGUUAUAAGAUGCUGCUUAAAAAGGCCCCUAAGUAAUGAAAAUGGUUUUCUUUUCUUUGUUAAUAACAUUGCACUCAUAAUUUUUUUGUUUCAUGCUUAGAGUUUUUUAACCAAUCUUAAACUUAACAUUCAUUAGAAUUAUUUGCAUUGAAUAUGCAUGAUUUUUAAAAGCAUCACCCUGUAAUAAUUACAACAGUAUAAAUAAAUAAUAGAAAUUAAAAAUAAACAAAAUAGAAAUAGAAAUACAUAAUAGAAAUUAGUCUUAAAUAUAAAAUAAUUCAUAAUUGGAAGUCGCUAACAAGCAGAUAAAUGUAAUAUCUCUGCAAUCCAAACCUACUAAACUCCAGAAUAAUUUUAAAAAGGAACAUUUAAGCACACAAGUAAUUUUUAAAUGACAAAAAAGUAUUUUUGUAUAAAAAAAUUGGAUACAAAAAUGUAUGAAAAUAUUUUAUCCACUAGUUAUGGUAGGAAAAACCAUGGUAAACUCUGUCAAAUUUUGGUUUAGCUUGGUGAUGUUUAGUGGUUUUUAAUUAUUUUAACCCUUCUGGUUAAAGAGCAGAACAGAAGUUAAAGUUGCAGAGCAGCAUUCAAAGAAACAAACAAGGGCUGGGUAAAAUUUUGGUUUCAAUUCCAGAUAAAUAUCUUGGAGCACAUGGGAAUGUGACUGCCACAGCUGUCUGCAACUCUUUUAAAGCAGCCAUAUCUUUCUCCAGAUCUUGUUUCAGAUAACACCACAUUUGGUUCUAUGCUAGGACCAGAUGUACAUUUUAAAGAGUUGCAAACAAGCUGCCAUUUCCAUGUUUCAGAAUUUAUUUUUCACAAUUAUUUGUGAAACACUGCCCUAAAAAUUAGCUCCAUGUGUUCAUGAAGUCUUAGAAUUUAUAUUUUGUAGGGAAAAAACGUUAUUUGAUCAAAUAGAUUAAAAAAUCUGCUAAUGGGAAAGUUGUUGAUAGGAAAUAAAAAUCUAAUUUUCCCCUCCAAAAUAAUGUGAUAUAAGCUAUCUAACUUUUUGAAUUCUUGUCAUUAUAGUUUGAAUAAAAUAGUAAGCUUGAAAAAUGAGGUACUGAAAGAAAUAAUGCUUAUAAUUUUAGAUCAAUCUAAAAUCUGACUCCAAAGAUAUUCAAAGCAGAAGUAAGCAAUUUUUUGACAUACAAAAGUUGCAUUUUUAAAUUUUAUUUUUUCAGUAAUGAAUAAUGAUAAAGAGUGGAUAACAAGAGAAUAUAUAAAAGAAAUGUAGCUGAUAAUAUUUUGCCUAUUCAUUAUCGGGGGAAUAGUGCUAAGAAUUCCUAAUCAGAUCCAUAACGUUUUUACUUUAAAAACAAAUUAUUGCUUUUCAGGCUUCCUCUGGACUUCAGAAGUAUGAUCUGCAGAACUCUAUGGGCUAUAAAAAUAGGGGGAGGAGACAUUUGGGGCUCAUGGGAUUAGGGAUUUUUGCUACACGGGGCAGUUACUGGCUAAAUCUAAAUGAUGCUCUUAACUCUUUGGGUCAAGUCCUUAUGUGAUUUUAAGGAAAAGUUUAUUAAAACUACAUUUAAAAAUUGUUUUCUCUGCUCAGAUAUUGUGUUUAAUUGAAAUUUGUUUCUACAAUAAGAUGAUGAAAGGUGCUCUGUUUAUCUCAUGUUGUAAAAAUCUUUAAGAUAAAGUACCAUGAAAAGCCUUCGGUUAUACUUGUAUGUAAAGAUUUCAAGAGGAAUCAGUUGUAUCUUUGCAAUAACUGCUUGUGUCUUCUUUUAACCAUUUCAUCUGUUUCACACAAAAUAUACUGGCAGCUGUUUGAAACAGAUUUCUGAAUUAGUACAGAGAUUUCUGAAUUAGUACAGAGAAGAGCAAUAUGAAAAAAAAGUUUGUUAAUGACUGAUGUCUUUAUUUUCUUCAAUGUUUUAACACUUAUUACAUAUAUCUUCUUCAUGCUGUUAAUUCUUUCUGGUCUAACUUGGAAUUGCUCCAGGUGCUUUUGGAUAUAAAUAUUUGGUUCUAAUGUAUGCUGUCAUUAAACUGGGGAUGUCAUUCACUAAACAAAUGACUAUUAUAAGGUGUUUUUUUAUCAUUUUGUACAUCCCAUUAAAUAAUACCAUUUUUGAUUCUCAACACAUACAGUACUUGGAGUGAAUUUCUGGACAUAAUUUAAGAACAAAAAUAUUUUAUUCUGGAAAUUUCCAAUAAAUCAUUAAAUCCACAUCCCUAUGUUUUAAUGAUUUUGCUAUUCCCAGUUCCCAGAAACACAGACAUUGGAUUGUUACUUGUUUUAUAGGACUAAGAUUUAGUGUUGAGUCACACAUAACACUAAGUAAAGCAAGUUGAAUUCACUUAUGGCAAGCUGAAAACAGAAUUCACAUAACUGUGUAAUUCAGCCACAGUCAAAGGAUAGACUGAUAAUUGAAUAGAGGGUGAUUUUCAAACGUGGCAACUUUAAGAUGCAUGGACUUCAACUCCCAGAAUUCUCCACCAUUCUGAAUGGAGAAUUUUGGGAAUUUUAAGUCCAUACAUUUUAAAAGUUCAAGUUGAGAAACCCUGGAACAUAGAAAAGUUAGACUCAUGUUUGUUACUAAGGCAUUUAAAAAGAUGAAAUUUCUGAUGUAGCUUUUCUUUUUCCUUCAGCCUGACAGUUGUGUUGGAGCAUUAAGAAUAAAAUGCCUUUUGCCCAAGUUUCCUAAUCUUUUACAGUAACUCAUCAGUUUCAUCUUAUAUUGACUAUUAUUCACACUGAAAAUUUUAAAGAUGUUCUAUAUGAUGCUGAGCUCCUGACGUUUUAUUCUUUAAGUCAUUUUUACAGAGGAACAGAAAAUCUGUAGUCAGAGUCCCUUUCUGCAAUUUUGGCUACUGGGCUUGGAAUUGCAGUAUUUAUUACUGCUAUGUCUGAGAAAAAUGGGACUCUCAGGCCUGUUUUGAAAAUGGAGUCAAACUACUGUUUUCAAAACCACAGUUGUUCAUAAUUGAAUUUCACAGUUACAGUUGUGGAUGCUUAAUUGUUGCCAUCCUAUAUGGUAUCUUUGGAUUUGCAAAACAUUCUAAUGCUUUUAAUGUGUGUCUAUAAUACAUAUGGCUGUAUGCAUAUUUUUUCUUACACUUUUACAAAUUUUCAAUAGCCUUCUAAAUAAAUCUAUCCUGACUUACUCUUUUCAUACGGAAAGAAUCUAUUCAUACAUUUGAAGUUCCCCAAGAGGCAUUUUUACAUGCACUGCCAAUACUACUGAAAAUGUAGGUGGUUUUUUUUAAAAAAAAUGGAAACAGCAGAAAAAUUGAAAUCAAAUAAUUUCCAAAUGUUUACAUAGCAAGGCUUUUCAGAUGACACUGUACAUUUGCCUUUUCAAAAUGUAUUAUUUGUAACCUUGAAGCUGAUCAGUGGGAUAAUUCAGUGAAAAAUCUGUUAGUGAUGUGGCUGUGCUUAAUUUUAAUAAGCAUUGCUAAAAAGACACAGAUCAGCUUAUGCAAUUAAAUAUUUUUCAGACAGUCAUUGCACAAAAAUAAAGUAUUUCCAUGACAGGAAUAUUGCACACAUUUUGGUACAUUAAAAAUAUGCAUUUUCAACAUUUGGAAACAUUUGGUACAAAUAAGCAUUAUUAGUAACUGUUCAUUAACUUGCAAUUUAUUUGGGGCUUUUGUUUUUCAUUCUUCAGUGUAUUGAAAGGUGUAAGAAAUAGUUAUGUAUGCUUCACUUGUGCUGAAUAAUGAUUUCCUGCUAUACAGGUAGUCCUUGACUUAUGAUCACAAUUAGGACCAGAAGGAGAAUGUUACCUGGGUCUCACCCAAUUUUAUGACAUUUUUGCCAUAGUUGCGAAGCAAAUAAAGUUCCCCUCAUUGACUUUACUUGUCAGAAGCCGACUUGGCUGGGAAGGUCAAAAUUGAUGAUCACAUAACCCUGGGAUACUGCAACCAUUAUAAGUACAUGCCAGUUGCCA